ACUGCCCGAGUCAGGCCCGCGCCGCGGCCCGAGUCAGGUCCCGCGGCCACCGGUGCUGGGGCCGCCACCCGGCUCCAGCCGCCCUGCGCGGGAGCCGCCGGCCGCGCGCAGCCCGCCCGCCUCCCGGAGCAGCGCGGCGCAGGCGGGGUGCGGGCAGCCGGGGACCUAACUCGGCGCGGCGCCGCCGGGCGCUAAGGCGGCGCCGCAGGACCCGCGCGGCUCGGCCGGGCGGCGGCGAUGCUGUGGCCGCGGCUGGCGGCGGCCGAGUGGGCGGCGCUGGCCUGGGAGCUGCUGGGCGCCUCGGUGCUGCUCCUCGCCGUGCGCUGGCUGGUGCGACGGCUGGAGAGGCGGCCGCGGGGCCUGGGCCCCGGCGCGACCCCCGCCCCGCCGCCCUGCGCGGCCGCGGCCCCGGGCCCAGGUGAUGUGACAAUGGAUGCUGUGUUGGCUCAGUUAAAACUCCUGAGUCCAGAUGACCUCAGAGAAGAAGUUAUCAGAGCUGGAUUGAAAUGUGGCCCCAUUACAUCAACCACAAGGUUCAUUUUUGAAAAGAAACUGGCUCAAGCUCUUCUAGAGCAACGUGGAGUGCUGCCUUCCUCUCUUCCUGACCUCAGGGGGACAGCCGCCGCAGCACUCAACCAGGACACACUGAGGACUCUGCCAUCUGCUGGAGGAAACCCGACUCUGCAGGCCAGUUUUUGUGAAGACAGAGAAUUUGGUUACAGUGUGGGCUUGAAUCCCCCAGAGGAGGAAGCUGUGGCAUCCAAGGCACACCCAGAGCCCCUCAGUGCCUCCCUCAGGAUUGACACCCAUCAGGCUAGAGUGACACCCUCUAAGGAGCCAUCCCUGUACUAUGGAGUGUGCCCGGUGUAUGAGGACGGCCCAGUGAGAAAUGAAAAGAUCCAUGUUUAUGAAGAUAAAAAGGAGGCAUUGCAAGCUGUCAAAAUGAUCAAAGGGUCCCGAUUUAAAGCUUUUCCAACCAGAGAAGAUGCUGAGAAAUUUGCUAAAGGGAUUUGUGACUAUUUCCCUUCUCCAAGCAGAGCCUCGUCACCGCUGUCCCCCGUGCGGGCAGCACCGCUCUUCAGCAGUGGUGGGCUGAAAGAUGGUCUGUGCUUAUCUGACUCAGAAACAGUGAACAAGGAGCGAGCCAACAGUUACAAAAACCCCCGCACACAGGACCUCACUGCCAAGCUGCGGAAAGCUGUGGAGAAGGGGGAAGAGGACACCUUCUCUGACCUCGUCUGGAGCAACCCCCGGUAUCUGAUUGGCUCAGGAGACAACCCCACCAUUGUGCAGGAAGGGUGUAGGUACAAUGUCAUGCAUGUUGCUGCCAAAGAGAAUCAGGCUUCUGUCUGCCAGCUGACGUUGGAGACGCUGGAAAACCCCGAGUUCAUGCGGCUCAUGUACCCCGACGACGACCAGAGCAUGCUGCAGAAGCGCGUCCGCUACAUCGUGGACCUGUAUCUGAACACCCCAGACAAAGCGGGCUAUGAUACACCUUUGCACUUUGCUUGUAAGUUUGGGAAUGUGGACGUGGUCAAUGUACUUUCUUCACAUCCUUUGAUUGUGAAAAACCCAAGGAAUAAAUAUGGAAAAACACCUGAAGAUGUGAUUUGUGAACGAAGCAAAAAUAAGCCUGCACAACUGAAAGAGCGGAUCAGAGAGUACCUCAAGGGUCACUACUACGUGCCUCUUCUGAGAGCAGAAGAUACUUCCUCUCCGGUCAUCGGGGAGCUGUGGUCCUCAGACCAGACAGCUGAGGCCUCACACACCAGCCACUGUGGAGGUGACCCCAGAGAACCUGUGCUGACCCUGAGAGCCUUCGCAGGGCCCCUGAGUCCGUCCAAGGCAGAAGAUUUUCGAAGACUCUGGAAAACUCCACCUCGAGAGAAAGCAGGCUUCUUCUACAGUGUCAGGAAAUCUGACCCGGAAAGAGGCGUUGAGAGAGUGGGAAGGGAGCUAGCUCAUGAGCUGGGGUAUCCCUGGGUUGAAUACUGGGAAUUUCUGGGCUGUUUUGUGAACCUGUCUUCCCAGGAGGGCCUGCAGAGACUGGAGGAGUAUCUUGCUCAGCAGGAAACGGGCAGAAACGAGGCCUGUCCCCAAGACCAAGCCCCAGCCUCUGGCAAUGGGAAGAAGUGCAGCAAUUCCAUUUCUGUGGGGGCAUUUCUAGAUGAGGACGAUGACGUGAGCUUGGAAGAAAUUAAAAAUUGGCAGAAUACAACUCACAAUCAGAGCCAGCCCACAAUCGAUGGUUCUCGAAACACAAAGCACUGUGGCCUUCCCCUGGGUGAGAAGGCAGACCCAGAAGAAGCCUCCGACCAGCACCAUCCCCACGUGAGCAGGAAUGGGCUCUGCAGGAUCCCAGGUGUGGAGAGGCCAGAGACCCUCAGCAGAGAGGAGGCUCUUUCGUCACCUGUCUCCAGUGUGACUCUUGAGUUUGAUAAAAUGAAUUUGCAAAAUCUAGGAGGUAGCCUUUCAAAGACAGCAAAUAAAAAUAUGAAAACUAAAGAUAAGAUCCUGGUUUCAGGAGAGGCCACAGUAGGAAGUGACUUGUUGACACCACCUGCUGCUGCUGUCGGGCUCGGAAAUAACCAGGUAAGGACAGACAGCGAGAUGUCAACUGGACUGGCGAAGAUGUCCCUGGACCCCAGCACUCCUGAGCAGGGGACCCAGCAGAGGUGCGAACCUCAGUCCCAGCCCACAGCCUCGUCUGCAUCCUCCCCCUCCACAAGGGACUGCGCCAGGAAACUCUUCCUUUUUGGAGAGGAGCCAUCAAAACUAGAUCGGGAUGUCUUGGCAGCUCUGGAACAUGCAGAUGUUGACCCACGUCAGUACCCAGCUGUGCACAGGUGGAAGAGCGCGGUCCUGUGCUACUCUGCCUCAGACAGACAGAGUUGGCCAAGCCCUGCCCUGAAAGGAAGGUUCAAGUCUCAGCUGCCGGAUCUUGGUUGCCCGCGCGGCUCCAGUCCAGUGCGAAGUGGUGCGCCUGGCAGCAGCCCUGGGAAACCCAGCCAUGCUUCCUGCUCCCCUGGCCUGGGUAGCCCCGGGCGCUACAGCCCUGCACGUGGGAACCACCUCCGCAGGGUGGCACACAUGGCCCAGCUCACAGUCCUGUAGGCUUGGCACUUGCUGCAGAGGCUUGGGUUUCCUAUGGUUAUUGGUCAAAUUUCACAAAGGAAUAUAUCCUGAAUAAUUUAUUAAUCCUCUCUUUGGGUCAUAAUUCUAGAAAUGCAAAUGUUCUAAAUAAAAUUUACAUUUCUGAUAUUUUGGAAGAAGUUAAUAAAAGUAAACUCAGAUACACGUUUCAGGUAGUAGUCCUAGGUUUGUUGUUGGGCAAAGGUGCAACAGCCCUUAAACAGCAGGUGGCCACCACUUCCCAAACUCAACAGGUGUCGUGGCGCAAAGAGGCUGGCCCCGGGGUCAGCGUCGGCCUGCAAGCAGCUGCACUUGCCUCCACUCCAUUUCCAAGUCAAGGAUGAACCAUGUGUUGUCUUGCCUUUCCUGGGGCAGCAGCAUUUGGGUGCAGGGUGGUCUGCGUGUCUUCCUGGACUUGAGCAGACGAGGAGGAGGGCAGCAGGGAGCCAGUGAGCUUGCCUCUCAGGUACGCAGUGGUGUUCAGGACACUGCUGAGCAUGGGAGUAGGUGAAAGUAGCUUUUUCUUGGAAAAAAACAUUCUAACCAUUGGGAUUCAUGAAGAUAGUCAGAACACUCACCAGCUGUAACCAAAAGGUAUUCUCACCAGCACCGAGCUCCCCGUUCACCUUAGUUACAAGCAUAGUAGUGAUCAUUAAUCUGUAAGCUGUUCCCUAGCUUUGAAAUUUGUCCUGAGAAUUAGAUAAGCAUCAAUUUUUCUGUUACAGAUUAUACAGGUGGAUCCCACGUAGAAUUCAUUUCAAUUGGAUUUCUUUUUGAAAAGAGCAUUACGCUACAGUACAGAAACCAAAAUUUGAGUCCAUUCCAGUUACUUGUGGUGUUGACCUAGGCUUUUCCCUUGGCACCAACCUGGUCUGUCCCUAGAGCAUGUGGGGAGCAGGAAGCACCGCCAGCUGUCCAGGUGCCUGAGACAAGAUGGCCUUGCAACAGGCUGGUCUCCUCCCAGUGUCAGGACAGUGGUUCCCACACAGCAGUUCUGUGGACACAUCCAGCGUUUGAUCCAAAAUGAAAACUGCUGCUGCUCUUGCCAACCUCAGUGCCUUCUGUAAAUCAGUUUUAAUUUUCCUGAUUUAACUUUUUGAGACUGUACAAUAAUAUUAAGUAGGUAUUCUUUUUCAUAUGUAAAAUUGCUGAAAUGAACUGUGUAAAGAGAAAAGUUUAUUUCAUGUGAUAAACAUGUCGGUUGGGAAUAUUGGAAUUACUAUUUAGGUCUUAAAUUCAGGUUUGUUACAUGGGGUGUGUCAUUUGUCAUGCACAGACAAGCUCUGGGCACAGGACAGAAAUGGCACAGUCUAAACAGUGCAUUUAAAAAAGGCAUCUUUGUUCUCAACAAAAUCAAAACACGGAUGUUACACUCACAGUGAUGAUCUGUUUUCUUUAAAGGCUUACCUUAUUCUAUAUAUUGUUGUAAAUAUGCAAAUUGAAAUUAAAAUAGCUUUUGCUCUAAUUUUGCAGACUCUUGUUUUCUGUAGUUUUAGGCUGCCUUUGACUAUUUCUCCAUUUGUUUGAACCUGUUUUAGUAAAUGCUUUGUUUCCUGGGUGAUUCUGUGUCCUUUUAAAAACUACUGAAUAAAGUUAUUUUUACACCAUG